CAGAGAGAAAGGAAACUUAUGGGGGGGGGCGCACCUGGAGGACAACCAGCCAGGCGCGCGUGUGAGGCGUUGUUUUGAGGGGCGGCGGCAAAGGCAAAGGCAGGCGGGGAAAGAGGCGGCGGCAGCGGCUGUUUCGAGGGGUGGAGGCGGGCAAGCUGAGGCACCUGAGCGGCACCCGCCUCCUCUUUCUCCUCCCUCUCUCCGCCCUCUCAGUGGUUUCGUCUUUCUUUCUUUCCUCCGCCCGGAAACUCACAAGAGAAGCAGCCACGUUGCCUCAGCCCUACCGACCUGGGCCGGGUUCGGCGGCGGCGGAAGCGGCGGCAGCGGGUCCCCUGAGGAGAGCCGGGAGCCCGCGCUUUUCCUUGGCGCCUUUCCCGCCCUCCCGCGGGUCUGAGGCGCUCUCUCCCCCGCGCCUUACCUCCACCAGGUAUCUUCUCUUCACUACUGCCAAAAGACCUGCCUUGCCCCCUGAUUGUAAACACGCCAGAUGUUGGGUGCCAUGGCUGAGACUGCAGGAGAAGAACCCGACUUCAAACUUGGAGAACGGUGCCAUGAGUGUGGGCAGCUCCACUUGUUGCUAGACAAUCAUCUUUAUAACUUCCAGGAUGAAGUGGAUGAUGAGCUCACUUGCCAUAUUUGCCUUCAGCCUUUGCUGCAGCCUAUGGACACACCUUGUGGACACACAUACUGUUUUAAGUGCCUUGAGAACUUCAUGCAGGAGUAUGACUUCUGCCCUAUGGAUCGGAAAAAGCUGUCCUUCCAGCAGUGCCGGAAGUCUUCCCUUUUAGUGCGGAAUUUACUUGAUAAGCUCAUUGUCCUCUGCCCCUUUCAAGAAGAUUGUAAGCACACUAUGCAACGGUGUGAGUUAGAGGCUCACUUGCAAAACAGGUGUCCUGGGUUCAAGAAGUUCAAAGCUCAUCUUGAAAGGAAAAAGAAUCCUCGCUUCAGGUUGAAGGCAGAUUCUCUUUCCAGACAGGAAGCGAGUACUGUAAAGGAGCCUGAGAUAUUGAACGCAGUGCCGUCCCUUGUUUCUGGAAGUUCAAUAGCUGCAGUGGUUUCCCUGGAGACACCGGAACCUGGAUUGAUUAAUCCAGCCUUUGAUGGGAGUGAAGAAGAUUUACCCCAAAGAGCCAGUCUUUUAGCAGAGACAACUACAAUUGAAAUUCACCGAGAAGACCCUGAGGAAGAACUUGGGAUGCGGAUAGUUGGGGGUAAAGACACCCCACUAGGCAACAUUGUUGUCCAAGAAGUUCUUCGGGAUUCAGUUGUUGCUGCAGAUGGAAAAAUAGCGCCUGGAGACCAUAUCCUGGAAGUGAACGGCGUCAACAUCAGCAGUGUGACACAUGCUCAAGCUGUCUCCUUACUGCGUCAGCGCUGUGCUGUGUUUCACUUCAUAGUACUGCAAGAGAAAGGGUUUACCACCAGAACUGGGCAACUGGAUUCCAGCCGUUCAGUAAACCAGGAAGUGAUCCAUGUUACCCUUGUAAAGAGAGACCGAUCUGAACCUCUUGGCAUCAAAUUGAUCAGAAAAACAGAUGAGCCUGGGAUUUUCAUUCUGGACCUUCUAGAUGGAGGCUUGGCAGCCAAAAAUGGGAAACUUAGUCGGAAUGAUAAAGUUCUCUCUAUAAAUGGCCAGGAUCUAAGACAGGGAACUCCUGAAGCAGCUGCACAGAUAAUCCAGUCUGGUGUGCAACUCCCAGAAACUGUUGAAGAUGGCAGCGCAUCAAACACCAGCAGCAGUAGCAGUGGAGGAAGCCCAGUGCAUCGUCGCAGAAGACCUGAACAGAAUCAUUAUCGAUGGAAGUCCAAUUACCAGAAGGCACUCCCUCAAGGUUACCUCAGCCAGGAGAAGUUAGUUAACAUAAAGAAGGAGCCAAAAGAAUCUCUGGGAAUAACUAUUGGAGGUGGAAGAGACAGUAAAAAUAAACUCCCUAUUUAUGUAACUAGCGUACAGCCUGUUGGAUGCCUCUUCAGAGAUGGUAGAAUUAAAAGAGGAGAUGUACUGCUGAGUAUAAACAAUGUUGAUCUGACUCAUCUUAACUACAGUGAAGCAGUCUCUGCGCUGAAAUCAAAUGCAGCACUGCACACAGUGACAUUGAAAGCCUUGGAAAUUGUGGUAACGGAAAAGACAUCUGAAUUUACUGAGGCACCAGAUACCAGGGAAAGUGGGUUUAGCUGGGCUAGCUGGGCUCCUCUCUGGAUCAUGUGGCUUGGAUUGCCUAGUCACCUCCAUUGCUGUCAAGACAUUAUCCUGCGUAAAAGCAACUCUGAGAGCUGGGGAUUCAGCAUAGUUGGUGGGUUUGAAGAAAACAAAGGGAACCAUCCAUUCUUCAUUAAAACCAUUGUGCCUGGAACACCUGCUUUCUGGGACAGAAGACUGAAAUGUGGAGAUGAAAUUGUGGCUGUAAAUGGAGUGUCUGCCAUGGGAAUGAGCAAUGCUGAAUUGAUUCCCAUGCUGAAGGAACAACGGAAUAAAGUAACUCUUACUGUGGUGUCCUGGCCUGGAAGCCUUGUUUAAGACAUAAACUCAGUAUAAUUUUGGGACUACUUUGGUACCAGAUUUCAAGGCUUUGAGUGAUGAACCAACCAAAGAAACAGUGAACUGAUUUAAGAUGGCUUUUCUCAAGACUGUCACCUGGAAUCCUAUUCCUAUGCCAAAGGCAAACUGCUUAUUUUAUUUUUUAUUUUAUUUUUUUACCCAGCUUUCUGGCAGACAGAAGCCAUGCUUCAGUGAUCAGUUAAUGUUUUUGUUAUAUAACUAUUGGACGUUGAACAUAUGAAAUCUAAACUACAGCCUGUUUCUCCUCAACUCACAUUUUAAUCCCCCGAUAAACUGCUUUGGAGUUUGUUUUUACAAUCAAGGGGUAUAUAAAUUUUAUGAAAUAAAAAUAAUAUAUAUAUAUGAGUACAAGAGAAACCUGUAAAAAAGGUUUUCAUGAUUACUUAUGGCUCCUGGUAAAUUCAGUAAACAUUGGCUAAUGUCGCAGGUGGCACUGCAGGUUAAACCACAGAGCCUAAGACUUGCUGAUCAGAAGGUCGGCGGGUUGGAAUCCCCGCGACGGGGUGAGCUCCCGUUGCUCGGU